AUGAAACAAGAUAGUACAUUAGUGUUUAUACCAAGUAAUUUGAUUUACAAGCAAACGGGCUAUUUGAAAGGAUGUAAAAAAUGUUUCGAAAAUAGCGAAGUCUAUUAUGUUACAAGUAAUAAACCCAUAAGAAAUACUUACCAAUACCAAUGCAUAGGCUUCGUUGGAGAAACAGUGGAUUUUAAAGACUCAAUAGGCAACAUUCCUUUAUUUAUUAAUAGUAAAAACGGACAAUUAAGUGUAGAAAACAAUUCAUCCAUUACACAAAUUUUGUAUGAUUACGAUAGGUUCAAAAAUUCCGAUCUCAUACACAAUCAAUCGGAGAAAUACGGACAACAUUUCAAAUACUUAAGCGAGAAACUGAAGACUACUAGAGAAAUAUCACAAAAUGGCCGCAAUUCUAUCACCAAAUACAUUUUGUUCUUAGUACAAAUAUUCGAUUAUAUAUUAAAAAUAACACGCAGGAUUCAUCAAAUUGUACAGAAAUCGUCCACCUUUGCUCACUUCGAAGGAAACAUCACAACUGCCAAAUGGUUCCUUACCACUUUGAUGGAAGAAAGAAAAAUAACACCGAAAGUCGGUAACACUAUUUGCGCCAAGAUCAUCGAUCUGGUAAUCGGGGUAAUUUUAACAACAUACUUGUUCGAAUAUGAGCAACAGAUUUUCGAUUUCAUCAAUUUCAACACAGAGGUUAUCAUCUCGAACCUUAGAGGAUUGUUGCUGUACUUGAUGGGCCAACCGAUCGGUUUGAAAUUGAACUACAGCUACAACAAUUUCUUGGGCAGGUUCUUUCUGUACCACAUUUCCUUGUGGAGGAUCUUCCUGCAAGGAUUGUACCCGUUGUUUACGGGUUAUUUUAAGUUUCUGGUGUUGCCUGGAUUUCUGGGAUUCUCCUAUCAAAUCGCCAUGAUUUCCGAUGUAGUUUCGAUCGCUACGUUUCACUCUUAUUGUAUUUAUAUUUAUGCAGCCAGGUUGUUUAAUUUACAGUUGAAAUGCUUGAAGUCUCUAUGGAGGGUGUUGAUAGGUAGGAAAUUCAAUCCUCUUAGAGAUCGUGUGGACUCUUGUCAGUACUCUCAAGACCAGUUGUUUAUCGGAACUUUAUCUUUUACUAUAUUAUUCUUCCUGUUACCCACGACUAUGAUGUAUUACGUCGUUUUUACUGUGUUUCGCCUCAUCACUUUAACAGUUUAUAAAUGUCUUCAUAUAGUGAGGAAUACAAUGCAAACAAUUCCGAUAUAUUUACUAUUUCUUUGGAUUGUAAAUGCCUCAUCGAUGGCAGGUAAUAUUCAUAUAGCUUGGAAAAGCUUCGAUGAUAGAGGUAACGUGAAAAUCGAAGCGAAAUUGGAGAAACUUCCCCUAUUGGAGAGCGUUAAAAAGUUCAUUCCGGAAUCCGAAAGCCCUGCGAAAAAUCCACGAGGAUUCGGAGAAAUUUUUCAUUCCAUACUAACCGGAACGAUUUUAUAA